AUGCAGUUCUUCAAGCAGCUGACGGACCCGGCGCUCAAGCGGCUUUACAAGUUCGUGCUCAAGCGCAUGAUCGGGCGCUUCCUGGCGGCGGACGAGCUGGACCUGGACCAGCUGGACGUGCACCUGCGCUCGGGGCGCCUGGAGCUCUGCGACCUGCUGCUGGACGCCGACGUGCUGAACGCGGAGCUGUGCGAGGCGCAGGGGCUGCCCUUCAGGGUCAAGAAGGGCUACCUGGGCUCCGUGCGCGUGGCCAUCUCGUACGCCAACAUCAUGAGCGAGAGCUGCCUCGUGGAGAUCGACGACAUCGAGGUCAUCCUCGUGCCGCUGGACCAGGACGAGGCGGCGCAGUCCAGGCACAGCAGCUGCACAGGGGCAGAAGCUGCUGACACUGGGGAGACGACAACAGAGGAGGAUGGACAGGGGGAGAGCAAGACCAAAGAGCAGCAGAAGAAGAAACCCAUGACGCCCGAGCCCGUGGACGAGAUCUCGCAGGAAGGACUCGACUUUGUGGCCAGUUGGAUCGAGCAAGUCACGUCCAAGAUCAAGAUUACGCUGUCCAAUAUCUGUCUGAGGCUCGAGACGGGCGAGCAGCACAAUGGGCGAGAUGUGGCGCUGCUGUGCAAGCUGCAGUGGGCGCAGUUCACGGACGAAUCGGCACCCGAGGUGCAGAGCGUCUACGGACGAAGUAGUCUGGACCACCCGGCAGGUAUGUACGGCUCCCAGACAAUGGGUGGAGGCAUGCAGUCCAUGGCGGCGAGUACGUUGUUCGGUAUUUCGCAGAAGGGUAUCAAGUUCAAGGGCAUCAGCAUGGACUUGCACUUGAGCAGUGAGGAGAAGGGCGAAGAAGACCGGUGGACGGAGCGGCGACGCACGGAAUACAGCGACAUGGUGCUGCACCCGUUCCUGGCGAGUGAUCCGAACAAGCAAUGCUACAUUCAGGUGAAAUUAUCCCAUUACGACGCAUUAGAGGCGCCCGCGAUGGAUGCAGAUGUGUUCUUCCACUCGAUUCGGAUCGUGUUGCAGCCACAGUAUUUCCCGGAGUUGGGGACGCUCGUUGACGCGUUCUCGGCAGACCCGGCCAAGCUGAACGCCCAUUAUUUCGAGGACCGCUAUACGUCGGCGGCGAUGUUCAAGUCUAUUUGCGACGAUCGGCCUGCGUGGAUGAAUGCUAGUGAUGAUGGCGAGGCUGAUGAAGACGGUGGGGCACUGAAUUUGUCGUUUAGGGAGUUUCAACGCAUUGAGCAGCUGCUGCUGCAGUAUCGGCAGACGCAGGACGAGCUGCAAAAGGCACAACGACGGAAGAACUCGAUUGAAGCGGAUACGAUGCCUACAGACAGUCCAUUUAUCAAGGGUCGGAAAUUGUCCGCCGCGGAGAGUGUUGAAAGCAUUGGAUUAUCGGAUUUGGAAGACGAAGAUGACGGAUUUUUCGAGUGUGAAACGGGACUGGCCAGCUCCAUUGCGCCGGGUGCAUCGCUUGAGAGCUCAAGUAUGAUGGGCCAAUCGAUGUAUGCGUCGGCGCGGUAUGAUUUCGACGAGAAUGAGUCAGAGGACAAGCGGAGUCAGUUGUCCUGGUCCACAACGGCAGCUCAAAACCGAGCGGCGCGCCGUGUGCAGUCCCGGGUGAAAGUGCAUCUGCUGGAGUGCGAGUGUGUUCUUCUGUACGAUGACCUUCCUGACGAUGAAGAAGAUGAAGAAGGGGACGAGGACUCAUUGUUGAGUGAACAGGAGGACGAAGCUUCCAUGACAGACAGCCGUUUUCUCCGCGCCCCUGUCAGACCAACGAAACCUCUGCCGUCGGUAGACGGUCUUGAACGGUUGGUGCUCUCGUUCAAGGACAUAAUUUUCUCAAGCUUGGCGUAUUCGCAGUACUCGCAGCUUGCGUUCACGAUCGGGAAAUUUACGAUUACGGAGAAAACGUUACCCCGAAUGUCGCUCGACGCGGAGGAAGACGAAGCAGCGAUGCUGUCUACGUGCGUAUUGAAAUUUGCCGACACGUCUCCCGUUUCAGGCCGAAGAGUGAGUUUGUCAGCAAAUCUGUCGGCUCAGUUACGUAUCGAUUUCGAACCUAAACCGGAGGACGGCACCCCAGCAGCAAUCUCUUCGCUUGGGGUACGAGUGAACGUCCAACCUGUUCUCGUCGAAUGGGAUAUGUACUUGCUGGAUAGGGCGCAUCGCCUUUUAGCUCUGUUGGAAGAAGACCCAGCAGCAAAAUCGAAGGCGGGAUCGAAAUCGGCUGCAGCGACCGAUGCUCAGGAGUUUGGGAAAACAUUUGACAUGGCAACGGAGUGCGUACAGGUGACAUUACGGUUUCCGAUGGUUAACAGCGAUCUGAUUCGCUUCGGCCCGUCGUCGAAGCGGGGUUUGUGUGAAGAUAGACUCUUGCUGACUGUAGAGGGCGUGAAAGUGGUGUCAUAUUCCCCGCGCCCCGAUGGCGAUGGUGACGAAGCUGCCGAAGCAGGCGCGCCAAUGCCUCCUCAGUACAGGAAGGGGGUCUCGUUGCCGUGGUUCGCAGAAUUUGAUGCCUCGUUCGACAAUGCAAAAGUGUCACUGCUGACUCCAGAAAAUGGCAACCAGCGAAACUCGCGCUUGGAAAAGGCUGUUCUCAUUACUGCAUGCAGUGACGAGCGCUCUGCAGAGGUGUGCACACUUCGUUUACGCCUUCAAACUCCUUCACGGGAAGAGAUGAAAAAUGCUAUUGCGAGCAAGCAGAAUCUAUCUCAAGAUGCUAGCCAAAGCCCCGAUGGGGCGUCCGUUGGGAGCUCACCCGACGAUGUUAGUGGUGAGGACAAUGAUGGUGGUAGGGUGGGGUUGAACGGCUGGAAUCUGGAUGCGUUGGGGCGCACCGAGUCGUACGAGAGCGCGGCAUCAGCGGCCUCGCUGUAUUCGGUUGAAAUUGGUCUUCCCCGUGCCAACGCAGUUUUAUUUAAGUCGUCGUUGGAUCGAUUGAUGGUGCUCUUUGACGCGCUUUUGAUGAUCAAUCCUAUCGAUGUCGACAGCUACAACCAGAUGCUCGCUGCAGCUGCGCUUCGAAAACGAUUGAUGCCCAGCUACAUGAGCUUGAACCUCACAUUGGGUGAAGGUACCGUUCGUAUUUGCGACUAUGUUUCGUUGCCUGCAGUGCCGUCGGCUCCAACGGCUGCGGCUGUUGCUGACGUGUACGGAAUCGAAGAUAAGACACCAGAACAGCCCGAGUUGGAAAAAGUUCUGUUCACGUAUCAUUUCGCGUUUCAGACUCUGAAGAUCUUCCAGGUUUCUCAGUGGAUGGGGCAGUUGGUGUCACGUGUUCACGUGCUAGCCCAAAACAUGACGUUGCUGGAAGAAGAUGGUCGCACUAACGCUGUUGUGCCCAUCAUCUACAGAACACCUUUCGGCGUGUCGAACGCUCCGAUCUUUUUCAUGGGUGUUGAUAUUGCUGAUCAGACGAACGAGAUGCGCGAAAUGAAAGUGGAGCUCCAUCUUUCGCACCUCAGUCUGCGGUAUGACGUUCGGUCGAAAUGGCUAUUUCAAAUGCUGGAUAUGGUGCUGAUGGAAUAUCCCGUCCCGAUUAUCCCACUCGACUCGGCGGGCAUGUCCGAUGAGGAAAGUACACAGGUUUUCAACAGAAUCAAGGGUGGAGGCGACUACGAUGCCGUGCCGCUGGCUACUGCACCGAAGACUGUGUUCACAAAGCUAUUUGUCAACUUCUACGACGUGCUCGUGGAUUAUGCGCCGUUGACGCUGACAUCACGCGUGAUUCUCGUGCUUGGCAAGGUCAAUGUGUCCUCGAAUGUGGUCACGGGUGCCGUCAUGCAGGGAUACAAAAUUUCGAUGGGCGACUUGGAGCUCUUUUUGACGCAGUCGCGCGCUGGCUACGAAGAGAUCGAUGAGGUUCUGUUAGGCAACGAGCUCUUCCUUCGUGGCAACUCCAAUACAUCGAAAAAGAAGGUGCUUCAAUUUGCGGAUACGUAUGCUGGACGAGGGGGCGGUGGCAGUCUCGACGCGGAAUAUCCGUCGCUGCUGACGUUCUUGGAGAAGUUUGGCUUCCUGCAAAUUGUCACGAUGGAUUUUGUGGAUGUUUUCCUGCGUGUGCAGGUGCCACCGUCAGCACUUGAGGUGGCAUCUUCAUCGCGUGGCCAGCUCGAAGAAAAGGCGUCAGCUUCGUCAGCGUCACCAGAGCUGUCAGUGGAAUUGAAUCUGGGCACGGCCAACAUUUAUGCGUGCUUUGAUUCCUUCAACACCUUGAUUGAGUUGUUGUCGGUGUGGACAGACCAGCUUGCCAUCGAACAGGAACCGCGCGACACCACUGCGUAUGUUGGGUUGGAUGGAGUGAAUGAUCCAUCCAGUGUUUCUGUUGUCACGAAUUUGAGCCCGGCUCCCGCCAGUGCCAUGCGAUCUAUUGGUAUAGCAUCUUCUGAACAGCCAAGUGUGCAAGGAGCAGGUGAUUUCUCUAGCACGAGCAGUGUCCGAAGCGAGCGGCUUUCCAUAGGCGACAGUGACGUUGGAGGGGGGUCCGGUCGAGGUUUCAUAAACAUCCUUGAACAGAUCGAUGAGGACGCUUUUGGUGGUGGGAAGAAGAUUUUCCCCGGGAAAACUGUUGCCACCGAUACGGAAGCCCGGUUGCUGCGCACGCGGUUGGAUUCGAUUCAAAAGGAGAAGGACCGCAUUGUCUAUGGACUUGAGCACGACGACCAACUCUCAGCGUCGGAAUUGCGACGGCGGUAUCAGCAAGAAGAACGGCGGAAAUCUGCUAAACCUGUGCGUAUUAAUGAGCUGGUGAUUGAAGACUAUUACUCGGAUACGCGGUCCUUUGAUGGGGAGGCAGAUGAAUCUGCUGGAGCGUUCCUGAUGGAGCCCGCGACAGACCACGACCAAACUCAUGCAGCCGUGGCUUCUCAAGACCCCUGGUUUUCAUCUGGUGCAGCAGAGUCUCCGACCGGGUCCCUACGAAUGGGAUCUUCUCCCGAGAAAGCAGCAGUGCUUUACAACGAGCAAGCAGCACGGUGGCUUGCACCGGAUGGAACCAUGAGCGACACAGGCGAAGGAGAAGGCGCGGCCUUCAGUGAAGCGUCUGGCGAAGAUUUCCCCUUGUUUGAGCCUGUUGAAGAGAAGGCACCAGUUCCUUCGUCUGCUCAAACCACGAUUGCACCAGGCAUGGAGGUCGAGCUGGACUUUGCUCUUGACAACGAUCUUCAGUCGCGCUUCAACCAGUUGCUGGACUUGGAAUCCAACAGUGGCCGUGAUGUCGAUGAGGUGGACGACGACGACGACGACGACGACGACGACGAUACCAGCGACGUAGACCAGAGGCAGCAAGUGUACCAGCAAUUGCGACGAAAUCCUUCCGUGUCGUCGUCCCCGCGUGCGAUUCCGACUCGACAAGCGUCCUUUUCCUCGGCUAGCAGUCACCCGGGUGCUCCCUCGUCAUCGUUUGGGGUGCCAACGGUCUCUCCGCCCGACCAGCCAACGGCGCGAUGGUUCUACGAUGACCAGAGGUCCGAUGACGGUGGCCCUCCAAUGACUGGCCCGCCGUCGCGGAUUUACCCUCACCAUGUCGAGAUCCCGAUCGGUGGCUCGGCGACAUCGCUCUCGUUCGGUGAAAAGGAAUGCAAAGAUGCCAUUCGAUCUAUCGCGAGGGAAAACGCAGUACGCAAAGUGGAUGCGACCGCACCGAUCGUUGUGCAGCACGUGCUUCUGCGUAACUUUAACAUUUGCAUGCGCUUCUUCGGUGGGUGCGACUGGACGCGUGAUGCAAGUGAAGCUGUAAGGCUUCACCAUCCGAAGGACGAGAGUGCGCAAGGGAAGCAGCAGCCGGACAGUGCCACUGCCAAGAAGGAAAAACUGUUGGAUGCCCUUCUGGAUAACUACGUUCCGUCGGAUGGAGGCGACCUGUUUGGAAACGAUAGCAGCUCGUCUCUUUUUACCAGUGCGAAGAGUGCACCCACCACUUCCUUCAUGAAGCGUGACCCAGCAACAAGGACAACGCGGGCCGCGUCAAGUGACAGCCUGCCUGCUUCUCGGAAGCGCUCCUUGAAGAAAAGUGGACGGAAGACGGAGGAAAUGCUCGAGUUGGUGGUUACUCGGAUUCAGCUGCGCUUGGACAUGUUUAACGAGGCUGAGACGCAAUCGCUGGCGUCCCACACGGUGCUUGCGCUGGGCGAUGUGGAGCUACUAGACUACAUUUCGACAUCGCAGAUCCGCAAGAUCGUGUGCUACUGGAAGUCGGAGGCGACUCAUCCACGCGAAAGCGGAAGCUCCAUGGUCCGGCUGCAGUUGAUAACGGUGCGGCCCGGACCCAAUUUGUGCGAGGAGCACCGGCUAAAGGCUCGGAUAUUACCCCUGCGCAUCAACUUGGACCAGGAGGUUGUCAAGUUCUUGCGGCAGUUCGUCCCUGUCGAGGAGGCACCAGCGCCGAAGAAGCGCCCAGCACGGCGGCAGGUCGGCCCGAUCCCGGAUGACACGGACGAUGAAGUGGAGAUAACGAUGCACGAGGGCGGAAUGGAGAUGAAGCCGCUCGGGGACAGUGCUCCAGCUGCAAGUCUCAAUGCGUGGUUCUUCCAGAGCAUCGACAUCAAGCCGUGCAAGAUCAAGAUCGACUACCGACCUAACCACGUCGACUACGCUGCGCUGCGUGCCGGUGACUACCUGGAGGUGAUCAACCUGUUCGUGCUCGAGGGAAUGGAGCUGGUGCUUCGUCGCGUGCAGAUGAGCGGGCUGGAUGGGUGGGCUGCCUUGGGUGAGAACGUUCUCGUGUCGUGGGUGCAGGACAUUUCGCGGCAUCAGAUCCACAAGUGCGUGGCGAGUGUAUCCAUGCCGCCUCUGCGCCCGUUCGUGAACAUUGGCGCUGGUGCUGCCGACUUGAUCCUGCUUCCGAUGGAGCACUACGGUCGGGACAGGAGACUUGUGCGUGGUAUCAAGAAGGGUGCGUCGAGCUUCCUCAAGUCGGUGACGAUCGAGACGCUGAACACGGCUUCCAAGGUGGCCCAGGGCACGCAGGCGCUGCUGGAGCACGCAGACGACGUGGUGUCGUCGUCGUCCGCGCUGCGCCGCAAGCAGCUCAAGUACCGCCAGGCUGGCAGUCGCAUCGCGCGCAACUCGCGGCGCAUGGGAGGCGGCGGCAUCCGCAACGCUCAGGACGCGGGCGGAGGCAUCGGUGGGCGCCAGUACCUGGCGCAGCAACCGGCGAGCGCCGCGGAGGGCUUCGGCCAGGCGUACGACUCGCUGGCGCGCGAGCUGCACGUGGCCGCCAAGACCAUCGUGGCCGUGCCGCUCGUCGAGUACAAGAAGACGGGCUCGCAGGGCUACGUGCGCUCGGUCAUCCGCGCGGUGCCCGUGGCGGUGCUGCGCCCCAUGAUCGGCGCCUCCGAGGCCGUGGCAAAGGCGCUCAUCGGCGUGCGCAACGCCGUGGACCCGGAGCUCAAGGAGGACAUCGAGAACAAGUUCAAGGACUUCCGGGCGAUCUGA